CCUACUUCCUGGUUACGCGUUCAGAAAAACAGCCAGGUUGGAGUUGUCAAUAUCCUCUUAUACCGGUUCUGCGUCAACCUGAAGCUUAUACACAAAAACGCAAUUUCAUAACGAUAAAUGGCCGUUUAAUGUCUCUAAAUUGCCGAUGAUAAAGUAAACAGGACAGCGAGGCGGUGCACGCAGAAGUCUCAGAGAAAGAGCGCCACGUCAGUGAUCUGAGUGUAGUCUCGAGUCCCCGCUUUGGACCAGACAUUAGACCGGUAUACUUCACCGGUGGCCUCCAAAGAGCUGCGUUUUCUUUCCGAAGGAGGACAAUUCCGGAAGCGGUUCAAAAUGACGGCGUCCAACUGGGGUCUGAUCAUGAACGUGGUGAACAGCAUCGUCGGAGUCAGCGUGCUCACAAUGCCCUUCUGCUUCAAACAGUGUGGGAUAGUGCUGGGAACUCUCUUGUUGUUCUUCUGUUCGUGGAUGACCCACAAGUCUUGCAUGUUCCUGGUCCACACAGCGAGCAGCACCAAAAGAAGGACCUAUGCAGGAUUGGCCUUCCAUGCUUACGGGAAACCCGGAAAAACACUGGUGGAGACGAGUAUGAUCGGUUUGAUGUUGGGGACCUGCAUUGCCUUCUACGUUGUGAUAGCUGAUCUGGGCUCAAAUUUCUUCGCUCAGCUGUUAGGUUUACAGGUGACCUUCAGUUUUCGCGUGCUGCUGCUGAUCGCUGUGUCUCUGUUCAUCGUCCUCCCUCUGAGUCUACAGAGGAACAUGAUGUCGUCCAUCCAGUCCUUCUCUGCUAUGGCUCUCAUGUUCUACACCCUUUUCAUGUUCACGAUAGUGUUGUCGUCACUGCGCUACGGCAUAAUCUCGGGCUCCUGGGUGGAGCAGGUUCACCUGUGGCGCUUCAAGGGCGUCAUUCAGUGCCUACCCAUUAUCGCCACAACCUUCUGCUGUCACCCGCAGGUGCUGCCGACCUACGACAGCCUGGAUGAGCCGUCCGUCAAACGCAUGAGCACCAUCUUCACCUCGGCCCUCAACGUAGUCACCAUCUUCUACAUCACCGUGGGUUUCUUUGGCUACGUCAGUUUCACAGAUAACAUUGCAGGCAACGUGCUGAUGAACUUCCCGUCCAACCUAGUGACGGAAAUGAUCCGCGUGGGCUUCAUGAUGUCUGUGGCCGUUGGCUUCCCCAUGAUGAUCCUGCCCUGCCGGCAGGCCAUCAACACCAUGCUUUUUGAGCAGCAGCAGAAGGAUGGGACGUUUGCUGCUGGGGGAUACAUGCCUCCUCUGCGCUUCAAGAUGAUCACUCUCUCCAUUGUUUUUGGCACCAUGCUGGGAGGCAUUCUUAUCCCCAACGUGGAAACCAUUCUGGGUCUGACUGGAGCGACCAUGGGCAGCCUCAUCUGCUUUAUAUGCCCUGCUCUCAUCUACAGAAAGAUCCAGAAGAAUGGCAUCCUCGCUCAGCUGGUGCUUUUGGUAGGUCUGUGCAUCCUGCUGGUCAGCACCUUUACCACCCUCUCAAUUUCGGCCAGAAGCCCCGGCACCAAGGUCCAAGGUCCUCCUCCUCCAGCACCUGACAAGAAAAACCUGCCCCUACCGGACCUCCGCGAACUGCACGAUAAUCUUCCAAACAAGAAGCCAAUGGAGAUAGAAAAACCUGACCUUCCAGCUGUGGAGGUGGUACAACCCGUAGAGAGGGGCCAGGCUGAACCCCUCCAGAUUAAAGGACCAGUGGAACUACCUGAGGGGAAGAAGGAGGAAGAGGUGCAGUUGGACCGCCCCGAUGCUGGUGUUGCAGCACCGGAGGGCGAGGCCCAUCGCCAUGAACCACCUAUCCCUCAUGACGAGGUCAUGGUCGACACAAGAAAAAACAACGCAGAGCUGGAAGAGGACAAGAAACAACCUGUUCCUCCUGUAGGAGGUGGAGACGAAGAACCCAAAAGAGAUGGAGGGCAUGCUGUGGAGAUAGAGGUAGAAAAAGACCACAAGGUUGAAGAGAAACCAAAGCCUGAGGAGGCUGUUGUGAGGAAAGAGGAAGUGGAUUUGGGUGGAGGUGAAAUCCUGUCCAAUGAGGUACUGGAGAAGCUGGAUGCCGACGCAGGCAAAAAGCAGGACGUUCCCCGGCCAAAGGAAGUUGAGAAGCUCAAUCCUGUGAAAGAUCCUCUUGCAGGGAAUGCAGCUGAGGUGGUCAAUCAGGUCCAUAAUGUGGGCAAAGCUCCAGAGGCUGCAGGGAAACCUCCACUUCCUGAAGGAGAGCAUCAUCCUGCUGCAGCCGAGGCUCCUGCUGCAGACAACAAAGAUACAGCAGACGAGAAGUUGGACGAGGGCCAGCUCGACCACGCUGUGCUACUGCAGGUGAUCCAGGAGCAGCAGCAGCAACAGAAGAGACUUCUUGACCAGCAGGAGAAACUACUGGCUGUCAUAGAAGAGCAACACAAGGAAAUCCACCAGAAACAACCUGCUGGAGCUGCAGCUGAUGGUGAGGCAGAGAAAGUAGUUCAGGAACACUUGGAAGUGAUGGAAGAUGGAGCAGCGAAGCUCAAAGACUCUGACCUGGCCUCAGACCUGAAACAGCCCAAGGAGGGAGUUGGAGCUCCACAGGGUGGAGUAGCUGAGCAUCACGCUGUGGCCCAGAAUCAAGCUCAGGCAGGUGAUAAGGUUCCUGAAGUAGGGGCUCCUGAAGUAGCUGUUCAAGCGGCUUACAAGGAAGAUGGCCAUAUUGCACCUAGAGGAGAAUCCCAUAAGCAGGGUGAGCUUGGGGCGAGAGGAGUGCCACUGGGAAAGAAAAUACCUGACGACCGUCAGCCUGUACCUGAAAAUGACCAGGUAGCUCAACUUGAAGAUAAAGAAAGGAGCCUGGAUAAGGAAAAGGAGAAAAUUGAAAAUAUUAAAAAAGCACUGAUAGAGAGAGAGGUUCAAGUAAGACUGGAAAAAGAACAGCUUGAGAGGGAGAUAAAGGAAAAGAUGGCCAGAGAACAGAAGUUAGAAAAGGAAAGAAUGGAGAGAGAAAGGAUAGAGAAGGAAGUGCAGGCAAGAUUGGAAAGAGAAAGACAAGAAAAGCUGGCCAAAGAGCAGGAGUUAGAGAAGGAAAGAGCUGACAAAGAGAGGAUAGAGAAAGAAGUGCAGGCUAGGGUGGAGAAAGAGCGACUGGAAAGGGAGAGAAGAGAGAAGCUGGCCAGAGAACAGGAGCUGGAGAAAGAGGGAGCGGUAAAAGAAAACGCUCCACAGGAGAACCCUGCAGAAGAGAGUUUUCAGCAGCAGAUACAGAAAGCAGACCAGGAAAUAUCUGAGAGGAAAGAGAAACAGGGGGAGGAGGCUCAGGAGAGACUGGCCCAGGUGGGGCGAGUCGUAGAAGCCGUAAAUGCUAGAAAAGCUGCACCGGGAGCUGAGAGAGAAGAUGGUAAAGCUUUGAAGAAAGGAGGACGAGACCUCAAAGAGAAUGUUGCUGCUCAGGCGGACCCCAGAGAAAGUGUGGAAGACGGGGGCGUCAAAGCCGAGGCUCGCCCCCAGGGCUCCCACGAGAAGGUCAGGGACCAGGGAGAGAUGGAUCUAAGGCGGAGGCGCAGGGCACUGGGACCCAGAGAGGCUGGAGGGCCCCUGAAGGAGACCGGGGCUUCCAGGGGCGUGCCGGGGCUGGAGCCCCUUCUGGAGCUGGGGGGCUCAGACCUGCACGCAGCCCUAGAAGAGCAGCUACUGGCUGGGGCAAUGGUACACUCACGGCAGAUUAAGCAGGCCUCAGAGGACGAUGGUGCGAAAUAACAGACAGACAGCAACAUACUUCACACCUGCAGAGAACUUGUUAUACUGUGGACCAUGAUAUCGUUGCCUUGCUUUCUUUCUUGCUUUUUGAAAUGUUACGGACAAAGAGGAACAUUUUCCAUUUCGUUAUACUGUGCACUCAAAUAACUCAAAUUCUUUAUUAAAGAGCAAUGUGUGUACAUAUUAACUUAUUUUUGCCUUUAGGACGAGCAUUUUGAAAAGGUUGUAGUGUACAUAAACCCUAUGCAAAUAACGUUCUAUAGUGUUGUGACAAGGCGGACAUAGUACUGUUUGUAUGAAUCACCUCAGUUCCUUUUCAUUCAGCAGCUUUGUGGAGUCUGCUUCUCUCUAGGAUAUGUUUUAUUGUCUCCUGUGCUGAUUUUAUUUUAAAUGUUUCUGGUGAGUUUGUGUUUUCCUUUUACUUUGAGAUGUAAAUUUGUUGUGUGAUCAGUGUUUAGGGAACCUACAUUUACCACAUGUUAGAUGUGUCAUGUGGGUUCAAGCGACCAUGCUGUUAUUUCAGUACUCUUUCAAAUGAAAAUAAGUGCAUUCAACUUAUUGUUGGAGCUAAGAGGUGUAUAUAGUGUAGUCUUGCUCUUUGAUAAACUGGGCACAACGAAGCAGCUUGACACAUCUGGAUCCAUCGCGGUCGAUGCCAUUCCAUCUUCAGUAUCUCAUUCUUGUUGAUUUAUCAGUGCCUUCUGAUCCAUAUGCUGCAGUGGUGAUAGUUUAUCGAAACAAAUGUGGCAGUUUCUCUGCUUCCACUGGACCACUUACUGUAAACAGUACAGUAAUUAUGAGAAAAUAAGUGUACAUUGGAAGGAAAUAAAGACUGUUGUGUUUCUUAGUAAUCAAACUUUUCCUCCAUCAGUUAGCCAUUCCACACAUGCUGGACCUUUGUUUUGUACAAAAGGCUAUUUUAAUGACUAUUUUUCUAUGUGCAUUGCAUUUCUGUACAUUUUGCUGAUAAGAACAUCUCUGACUUACAUCACUGUUGGUUUGUGUUCAGACUAUAAUGACUAUCAGCAAUGUUUUAUUCGCCUCUGUAUAUUACAGAACUGUAUCAGUCUUGCAUAUUAAACAAAGUCAUGAAAA